AUGAAGGGCUUCCUGCGUGGUUUCGUCGGAGCAGAACCACAGCCAGAGAGCGCUGUGGAGGAGAGCGAGAAGAGGAGCGAGGCCAAGGCCGAGGAGGAGGUCGCUUUCUCCGUCUGCAUGUUGUCGGGCUCGGUGCUCGAGGUCCGGUGUAGCAAUGCGACGGAGUCGGUGUUGGAGCUGCGGCGGCGGGUGGAAGGACAGCUGAAGCUGCCCUCCUCCCAGGUUUGGCUUCAGAACUGGCUGGCCUGCUGGCUCUUCAACAGCAGCAUGAGCCCCAUCCUGGACCACUGGCCUGUGAAGGACGUGCCGGACCGGUUCCUGACGGGGUUGGUGGUGAAGAACUUGCGCUUCGGAGACACACCGCCAGAGGACUUCAGCACGGUGACCAUCCAGGGCUUUGGUUCCAUGUGCAAUCGCUACAUGGACGUCUCCUGUGAAGGGACCUUGGCCACCAACCCUCAACAGGAAGACAACCGCGCGGAGCUGUCUCAAAGCUUUCGACCCGAAGAUCUGCCUGUGAGCUUUAGCGUGAAGAUGCCCGACAGCGGUGGCUACGCCCACUUCCUCUACGUGCGGUGUGGCACGGAGGUGGUGGCCAUUGAAGCAAACCAGCCUGAGGAGUUCCUGGUGAACAUCAGCCAGGAGGAGUUCCAGAUCAGCCGACCUGAUGUGUCGCCUGUGGCAAAGCCGCUGGACAUCCUAAAGAACGGCACUGCCUUGCGCUUUGGAGUUUACUUGCCUCUUGGAGCAAAAAGGCGCAUCGAUUGCUCUUUUGGGGAUCCCGAAAAGCAGAAGUCGCCUGAAUUGACCUGGGCCGCGGCCGGGCGGAUUGCACACCUCGGGCAGGCGAAGAAGUGGCCCGAAGCGCUGCACGUGCUCAAGGGCCUCACAGAGGUCGACGUUGGCCUCUUGGGCGCUUUGCUCACGGCGCUCGAGCGGGGCAGCGCCUGGGCAGCUGCACUGCAGCUGCUGGACGACUGCGCCAGGCGCCGCUGGGCAUUGGACGGAUGGGCCUACGGCGCCGCCGCCGCGGCCUGCGAGCGCAAGCACCAGCGUCGCGCCUCGGAGCGGCUCCUGUCGCAGCUCUGGUCGAAGACGAAGACGGAAGCGGACGUGCUGCUGGCCUUCAAUGGCGCGCUGCGUGGCGCAGCUUCCACCCGUCGCGGCGACGCGCUGCUGGCGCGCUUCGUGGCGCAGAGUGGGUGCCCGGACAUUGUCUCCUACAACACCCUCAUGAGCUCCUGCGAGCGCGAGCAACAGUGGACGAAGGCUCUUUGGCACCUGGCGGUCCUGCGGCGCAGAGCUUUGCAGCCGACGGUCGUUACCUUUUCCACAGCGAUCAACGCAUGCGCCAAAGGAGCGCAGUGGCCUCGAGCCUUAGGCUUGAUGAUGGGCCUGCAAAGCCAGGAAAUACAGCCCAACGCUGUGACCAUCGCUUCGUGCAUGGAUGCCUGCACCCGCGGGCGCCAGUGGCUGCUGGCUUUUCACCUCAUGGAGAGGUCCAACGCCACCAACACUGCUGUGCUGCAUGUCUUUUUGCAUAGCAUGGCUGCUGGCAGUGCCUGGGAACAGGUCCUGCAGACAUUCGCCACCUUUGAAGGCUACAGGAACGCCGAGGCCUUUUGUGCGGUCUUGGUGGCGUGUGCUUCCUCGACUCAGUGGAGGCAUGCGCUGCAUCACUGGAAGGAGAUGGGAUGUGAAGUUUAUGUCGGCCGACCGGCUUGGCACGCGGUGCAAAGCUGUUUGGCCUCAGCUGCACGCUGGCAAGAGGCGCUUCAGUUGCUUUGGACAAUGCAGGUUCCACCCGAUGUAGUCAACCACCUCACAGUGGCACGCGCGUGCAUCCAAGGCGGCCAUCCAGAUGAAGUCUUUGGGCUGCUGCCACCUUUGAGAGGCCGGGCCUUGUUGACCUUGCUAUGCCGAGAAGGUCAAUGCGACCUGGAGCUGUCAACAACGUUGGAUGAUUAA